AUGGCUGGAAAGUCCGUCGCAAUUAUAGGCGCGGGGCCAGCCGGCCUCAUAGCGGCCCGCAAGUUACUGACGCUUACGCCCUUCAAGUUCACUAUCUUCGAAAAGUCGGCUCGUGUCGGAGGGUUGUGGGAUCGCGAAAGCUAUAUCCAUCCAGAGAUGAUGACCAACUUCUGUCGGUUCACUGCCACGUUCUCCGACUUCGCCUGGGAGAGCGUGGAUCUUGGAAGACCUGCUCCCGUAUAUCCUCAGGCAUGGAUGGUUGAAAAGUAUCUGCAGGGUUAUGGGAAACUUCUCCCCGAUGAUUGUUACAGUUUCGAGACGACGGUGACCAGUGCUGAGCGCGAAGGUGGAAGGUGGAAGAUUGUGUCCGUCAAAAAGGGUGGAGAGCAAACGCGACAUUUCGACUACUUGGUCAUUGGGACAGGGUAUCUACAACAUCCCAAGGAGUUGAGGUGUGAGAUGGAUGCAUCCAUCAAGACGAAUCCACUCUUCCCCGUGCCUAUCUUGCAUAGCACGAAGUACCGGAAGCUUGACCAGAUCGUCCCGCUGACCGAAAGCUCUCACACGGGCCCUCGAACCGUUCUCGUCAUUGGAGGAUCGCACUCUGGUGCGGAUAUCGCCUCUCUCAUCGCACAUCAAGCUUCAGAUGCUCGAUGGGGGCCUCGUGGCAACGAAACUUUUCGCGGCGUUCAGGUCGUUCAUGUUGGGACGAAUGUAUUGCUUCCGAUUCCCGGGAUGGUAUGGGAUAAGGCGACAACAACGCACGCGUCGAUGCACCCGCUCGAGUUCACUCUGUGCGAGCGAUCCACCCGCGAGCCAAAUCCUCUUACAUUCGGAUUUGCACCAGCAAGCGUAGAAGAGAACCAGGUGCUCCUCUUCUAUUACAAAGAAAUUAUUGAGGGCGGCGUCGGUGAUCUCGACUUUAUGGAGAAACUUCCUGCCAACGUGGCUUUGGGCGAUCGCUACUACCAAUGCGUACAGGAUGGUAGAAUCAAGCUCAUCCCUGGAGCUGUCACGAGGCUGGACAAGGGUAAAGAUUCUGAAACCAUAACAGCCAGUGUGAAAGGGAAAGAUGGUAAAGACAACAUCAUCGACAACGUCGCUGCCGUCAUCAACGCGACGGGCUUCAACUCCGGCGGCAGCCUCAGCUUCCUCGCCGAAGAUGUCAAAGAGCAGCUUGAAUUUGAUGCCGCGAACACACGUCUCCCGGCAGUCCUCAACGCCAGCUACAUGGCCCAGAACUCCAACGUUCCCGACAUCGCUCUGCUCGGCUUCGUUCCCGUAAAUUGGGGCAUUAUCGAGAUGCAAAUGCGCGCAGUCGUCAACAGGUGGACCGGCCGCCCUUUCGACGAAGACCCAGCGCACGUUCUCGCUCUUGGUGAGCACAUGCGAUAUAUUCAAGCAGCCAUUCGCGACAUAAAACGGAAGGAAGAAGUUCCACAGUUCUUGUUCGGAGAUUAUCUAGGUCUCAUGGAGCAGGCUGCCAGAGAAUUGCAUAUGGAGCAGAUUUACGGGAAGCAUGGCGACUUUGACGGGUUUUUCUGUUCUGCACGCUUCGUCGGACCCGGUGAGUCGAAGGGAGAGGCAAUUAAGACCAUGUACGCGAUUCACCAUUUGCAAGAGGAAGUUGAGAGGCGGAAUCCGCUUCUUGCUUAUGUCGCAUUUACGGGUCUUUUGGGUCGGUGGAAGAGCGUGUCUCGCGCAGACGGUGGAACGAAGAAUGUGUAUGAGAUUGAGGCCCAUCCUCGAUAUCCUACGGACUCAAACUAUGAUCUGGAACAUGUCAUCGUUCUCAAAAAGACGCCCGGUGGAGCAAGUGAAGAGGUCAGGCUGAUUGCCCGUUACACCGAAGUCACAUACGAGAUCAGUCUUUGGGCUUGCGAAGGGCUAAAAACCGGACCAAAGAUUUGCAACAUCCCUGUUGAUCGCAACUCCAACGGCGAAAUCACAAUACCUGCUGGAUGUUUCAAUUACCAUGUUGAUUUCAGAGGGAGUAGGCUCGGCGGCUUCAGUGUGACGAGGAAGGUGGCUGGUACCGCUGGCGAGACCUUUGCUUUCGCAAGACCAUAUGGGCAACCUUUGGCGCAGGAUGCAGCCACAGAAGCUGCUCAAGAGUUAUCGUCGGCUGCGGAAAAGCUUGAUGUCCAUAUAAACGGGACUGGGAAGGGGAAUGGGUCGGUUUCCAGCGCGCCAUAG